GAAGCUGAGCCCGCGAAUAUUUGGCGCCAUUUUGAAUUUGCAAGCCACUUUGUAAUAACUUGAUGUUUUUUUUUACGAUGUUUUAAACUAAAACUGGAGAAAACGAUGAUAUUCAGCUAGCUACUUAAAAAUGCGGGGUAUCAUACCCGGUAGGGCCGUGAAAUCGUUUGCUAAAGCGGUUCACUGCCUUUCUAAGAUAGGAGAGGAGCUUUAUCUAGAAGCGUUACCAGAUGGGAUUGCCAUUCGCACUGUCAAUCAGUCUCGAUCUGCUUAUGCUUGCUUCAUGUUUCACUCCUGUUUCUUCUUGAGCUAUGAUGACGGAAGGGAUGAGCUCCCAGACAGCUCUCAGGUUGAUGACAUGGUCAAGUGUAAGAUUGCCAUGAAGUCCUGUCUGUCAGCAUUCAAGUCUGUGAACACACUGGAGAAGUCAGUGGACAAAUGUCAGAUUGACCUGAGCAUCAAGGAGGCAAGGCUUGUUUUCCUUUUCUACUGCAAACAUGGUAUCACCAAGACCUAUAACCUUACUUUUCAAGAAUGUGAAUCUUUGCAAGCUGUCUUUACGAAAGACCUCUGCCCCAACUUCAUCUCAGCUCAGGCCAGGUUGCUAAAUGAGACAGUCUACAAUUUUCCCAACAAUCUGGAUGAGCUCACAUUAUCAGUGAACCCUGAGUUGCUGAAAGCCACAAACUACGCAGAGGAUGAGCCAGAUCCCAACAAAGUCAUCCGCACAGAGAUGACCCUAGUUCCUGAUGAGUUUGAUAAUUACCAGAUUGGUGUGGACACUGAUGUCACCUUUUGCUUAAAGGAGUUAAGGGCCAUUUUAUCAUUUGCUGAGUUUGCUGGCUACCCUGUCAAUAUCCAUUUUGAGACAGCUGGCAAGCCAAUAGUGUUCAGUCUGGAUGCAGAGCCGUCAUAUGAGGCUGACUUUGUACUUGCCACCCUUGUCGACCAGCCUGUUUCAACCCAGUCAUCACAGGUCUCCAUGGCAGCAUCAAAUGCCAAAAGCGUUGGGAACAAGGGCAAAGGAAAGAAGACUGAACGAAAAGAAACAACUUCACAGAAUAUACCAAACGGCAAGCCAAAGCCAGAUGAAAUGUUAUCCUCAAAGCAGAAAGUUUCCAAUUCACCUUCAAAAGCACCAGAAAGACAGAAAUCCCAGACUAAUCACUCACAGCGAUCUGCUGCUAGGAAAAAUAGUAGCAAUGGUAAUGGCAGUGCUGCAGAUGAGGAUAGGAGAGAUGCUGAUUGCCAAAUUGCAGAGAAGGAGAAGCAAGCAAGUGGUAAGAAGCUCAAUAAAAGUGCUGCUGAUGUGGAAGAUUUUUUCAGUGACUCCUUUCCGUAUCAAGAUAAAUUCAGUAAAAAAGCCAAGAACUUGUCUGUUAUUCCUGAGCAGAGUCAAGAAAACUGUUCAUUCCAAGGGAGUGCACCUUCAAUUAGAACUCCCCCUAGUGUGGCCACAGAUGCAUCAUUUCUUCGACAUGCUGAAAUGCCAUCUAUUGGCGAGGAUAGCCUGAAUGUGGAAAGUCCCAACACUGAUAGAUCACAAGUAAGGAAACUGUCAAGAGAAUCUCUUGAUUUGGAGCUGUAUGAUGAAGACCAGGAUGACGUUUUACCAGCUACACCACCCUCUAAAAAGUUCAAGUCCAUGUUUUUCGGAGCCUUUUCUGAUGUCAAAUCCCAGCCUCAGCCACCAGGCUCAGUUCUUGCUGCUGAUACAGAUGAUGAAGAUUCAAGCUGACAAAAGGAACAGUGAGGUUACAGUGACAAGCUGACAAAGUGAGGUCUACACAUUACGCUGACAAGCUGACAAAGUGAGGUCUACAUAUUACGCUGACAAACUGACAAAGUGAGGUCUACAUAUUACGCUGACAAAGGGAGGUCUACAUAUUACGCUGACAAAGGGAGGUCUACAUAAUAUUACGCUGACAAGCUGACAAAGGGAGGUCUACAUAUUACGCUGACAAGCUGACAAAGUGAGGUCUACAUAUUACGCUGACAAGCUGACAAAGGGAGGUCUAAACAUUACGCUGACAUAGGGAGGUCUACACAAGGACAGGUCUCCUACAAGCUAAUGGAACAAUGCAAACAACAAAUCAAGUAAGCAACAACAGCUUCUGUCCUUCCUUCUUCCAACAAGAGACCCUUUUCUGUGUUCACUUGUGGAUUUGGGGUUGGGUCAUGAUUUAAACACAGUCCAUCAAAGGAUUUCUUAACAUCCUCUAACCUUGUAGAUUUCUGGUUAGUGGUUCCUAAAGUUCACCCUAUAUUGUCUGCUUUUAUGUAGAUCCAAGACAAUUUAGCAUGUAAUUUAUUAACAGCUGUUUGAAGAAAAACAAAACUGUGUUAUUUUUAUAAAUUAUUCCAUUAUAACAAACUGUAAAUAUAGGAGCUCUAUGCAAACUAUAUUGUAAAAAUAAUUUAUAUAGGAUAAGCAGGUCACAAAUUGUUGUUGUCAGUGUUGAAAGUAUAACACCAUUAGAAAUUUGUAUUACGUGGCAUUCAUAAAUUCUGACUUUUAUACAAAUAAAUAAAAUCUGCUGCGUUA